UUUUUAAACUUUCCGUCCUCGGCUGAAGCGUCGAGCGGUGCAGCUUCACCUGAAGAGCAGCGGAAGCAUUUCACUUCAGAAAGGAUUCGAGCAGCAGACGAAGAAAUGGCAGAUAGUCCAGAUCACAAGACCAGCGCUCUGCUCAGAGCCUCCCAUCUGCCUCUGGUCCGCUCCACGUUCCGGUCCGUGUCUUCGCUCGUCUCCGGGGUCAAAGAGCGCUACCCCCUGCUGGGCUUUGUGGGGGGCGUGGCAGAGGUCGGAGUUCGCGGCGUGGCUGAGGAAGUCCUGCGACGGGCCACGCCCCUCCUCCAGAGUCUGGAGCCCCAAAUUGACCUCGCCAACAGGUUGGCUCUGACUGGUCUGGACGGUCUGGAGAGGACGUUUCCCAUCCUGAACCAGUCCACAGAGGAGGUGAUGACUCACUUGAAGGACGCCUUCUUUGUGACUCUGGAUGAUGUCCAGGUGUGGGCGGUGGACAGCCUGGACGGAGCUCUGGACCAGCUGGAGCGAGCCGCUGAGUCGGUCCGGACGGCCGGGCGGCGGCUGCAGGAAACGCAGGCGGGCCGGGCGGCGGCGGCGGGACUGGACAACGUCCUGAGUCUCCUGGAGGACUCCGCCGCCUACUACUUACCCCUCCCUCCUACACUGCGCCGGGAGUGGGAGAUGAAGGUCCAGCAGUACGAGGAUGAGGAUGACGGAGACGAGCCCGGCCUCUGGACCAGAGUCCGCAGCCUGUUGCUGACCCUCAGCCUGCAGCUCUAUCACCGCAUGCUGAAGGCCAGGGAGCAGCUGCAGGGAGCCGCCCGGACACUGGGGGGCGCCGCUGAGCAGGUGGGUCUGACUCGGGUCCUGGAGUUAACAGGUGAGGUGCUGCAGUACUUCCAGAGCCUCCUGGUGGCGCUGUUGUUCCGCACAGAGAGCCUGAGAGAGGCCGCACUGAGGGAACUGGUGGAGCGAGCGGCCAUGUUGGCCGAGGUGAGCCCAGUUCGGCAGGUCCGAGAACUGCCGGUUCAGAUCCAGCAGCUGCUCCAGGACCUGCAGCAGCUUUCCAAGAUCCUGCUGCAGUUCGCAAUCAACACCACGCCGCUCUACAGCAUGUUGCAGCAGCCGUCGCGCCAGCAGGUGGAGGAUUUCCUGAACAAGGAGGAUUUCUCAGACAGCUCGUCGCGCCGCAGCUCAGCGAGCAGCCUCUUCCUCAAGGCCAUGGACGGCCGGCCUCGCCGCCGUCGCAGCAUCUACUCGCGCGCCGCCCGGGCGGCCGGAGGCCCGCAGAGUCCCGACCCGCCCAACGGGCGGCGCUCGAGCACCAAGGAGCCGUCCACCCCGGAGAGGGACGGCGCGGCCCUGCAGUCCGAAGGCAACGCGCUCCGCCGGCCGUCCGCCAGCGAGCUGCUGCUUACGCCGCUCAAACAGUUCGUGGCCCAGAGCCAGAAGGCUUUGGAGUAUCUGAGCCCCAACUCCAGCGACGGCACCGCCAUCUUCACGGAAACAGACGAUUCUUAAACACCCACCGCCCGCGGACUGGGCCGGGUCCGCCGAGUCCGCCUCCCGGCGCGCCGCGGUUCACCGCAUGCCCCGACGACGCACCUCUGCCUCGGCUGGUGCUGGUUUGCGCCUUCGCACUGAACCGCAGAGGCGUCACCAAAUUAGCGCUCAGUCACUGACGCUGCAAUUCUGCUUCACACAAACCGAGAGAAACCGGAAAAACCCGAUCAUGAGCUGCUCUCUGCAGUGGAUGGAGAAACGGACCCAGUCCUGUUGAAGCACCAGGUUCUUUAUGAUGCACAAAAAUGAUCAAAAACAUUUUCUUAACCAUCUCUCCGGCCUGAAGGCCUGGAUUCAAACUGACUGUAGAAGAACCGUAACCCCAGGUCAUGAUGCUGCCACCACCGUGUUCUGCUUUUGAGUUUCUGGUUUCAUCAGAACAGAAACUUG